AUGGGUUUCAGAAAUACUAACACCGCAGAAUUGGGGAUCAAGUUGAGUUUGACGUCAUGGUGGCCAACUCAUACAUGCAAAGGUGGUGAUCUCAUGACAAAGGCAGCUGGAGAGUCUGAUUCAUCAUUUGUAAUCCUUAUCUCUAAUUAG